GCACUGCUUUCCUCCUGCACUUUCCUUCAUACCAAACAGCAGCAAAAUGAGCACCAUUUGUGCCGAUCAACACAAGUUCUUUCCUUCACAUCUACCCAACAAAAAGCCCUUCAAGGAAUUCCUGGAAAUCCCUCCAAGGAAGCUUCUUUUCUCCUCCUCCUCGGGCUCCUUCGGAUUCCUCCACCGCCAUGAACCCACCAUCCCCUACGAGAACAAUCUCCACAAGUUCCUCCCUUCCAACAAUGGCAGUGAUGAUGAGGAAAAUGGGUCUGACUCUGAUCCUUACGGGACUGAUCAUUUCCGGAUGUACGAGUUUAAGGUCCGGAGAUGUACCAGGAGCCGGAGUCACGACUGGACUGACUGCCCAUUUGCCCAUCCGGGGGAGAAGGCUAGCCGCCGUGACCCGCGGCGGUUCCGAUACUCUUCCACGGUGUGCUCGGAUUUCCGCCGUGGCGGUGGGUGUCCUCGCGGGGACGACUGUGAGUUUGCACACGGGGUGUUCGAGUGUUGGCUUCACCCAAUGCGGUACAGAACAGAGGCGUGUAAGGAUGGGAAAAAUUGCAAGCGGAAGAUUUGUUUCUUCGCUCACUCUCCUCGUGAACUCCGAAUCCCACCGGAGGCACCGUCGCCGAAGUACAAGAACGGAGCCAGUUCUUGCAGUUCGCCUUUGAACAAGAAUCAUUGCUGCUUGUUCUGCCAGUCUGUUGCCUCUUCUCCCACAAGUACUCUGUUGGGUCUAUCUCAUCUGUCCCGGUCACCGCCUCUAUCGCCGCCUUUAUCUCCGGUGAAGCAGCCUUCCCUUUCUGGGCAUUCCCCACUCUCCCGUUAUGCUGAUCGUCAGAGAAAAUUCGGCUCCGAUAUGGCGACGGUGACCUAUAAGGACGUUCUCAAUGAGCUGUUGGCUUCCAUCGAAGCCAUGAAUUUCAGUGAAAUCUCUUCUCCAGUGGGUAACACCACCACGAAAACGACCAUGAAUUCAAACAUUCCUUAUCUUGAUGUCUGCUUCAAUGGCGACGAUCAACAGAAAUUCCUUCAGUCCCCUGUUCCGAGCCCUUCUAAUCAUCCCGGAGAUUCUUUCAGCGCACGGUUCGCCGGUGAUCAUGCGAAGCUCAACUACAAUGGGCCCGAUCUCGGCUGGGUCAAUGAGCUCCUGAUGUAGACAGCGGCGGCGGCGACGGCGACGGUGGCGUGUGUAAAUAUCCUCAUGCACCCGCCGUACCGAUCUGGUCUUUAUCAGAUUGUUUCAAAUUCAAGCUCUCGAUUUUUAAUUUUAAUUAAGUAUUGUUAAUUAAUUACUCUGUUUAUGUUAAUUAAUUGUGAUUUAAUUU